AUGCCACAAACUCUACGCUCCAUCCUAGGCAAAUCCAACCGGGUGAGGAAGCCUAGCAGGCCAAGCCCGGCCAGACAAAGCUCUACAAGCAGCGCAAAGGCUUCGUCCCAGUCUCCCCGGAAGGCCAAGAGGCCGGCGGCGAAAAAUGACCUGGAUGCAGAGUUUCAGGACAAGCUCUCGGACAUGGGAGUCGUCAAGUUGCUCCAGGAGGAGCUGACGCUGAGAGACGUGGUUCAGGCGAUGCGAUAUGUUCGAAACGGCAUGUUUACGCCUGUUCCGCCUACGGGGUUCAGGUCUACGCGGUCGGCCGAGAUUCUCAACUACAGGCUGACGGUGCCGCCCAUCGUCACGCUGGGCCAUCUGAAUGCGAUUCUGACUUCGCCGUCGAAGGUGGAGCGCGAAGUGGUCGAGCUCUCUCGAAGCGGCGUGCUGCGCAAGGUGAGGGUCGAGCGGCGAGGCGGCAUGGGCGAGGCGCUGAUCGAGACGUCGGAUCUGGAGGCCAUGGUGCGCAAGACGGGAAUGUCUGAAGGGGCCAAAGAGCAGUUUCUCGAGUUUCUGAAGAAGAAUCCUACGGCCCAGACGCUUCCUAGGGGCGCCGUGACGCAUGCACAGACGGACGAGCUGGUGAGGGCGGGAUUCUUGACGAGCUCGCUAAAGGCCGCGCCGGGGACGACGCUUCAUGUCCGUCCCGAGGAUCGCACGACCUUGACGUCUAUCCAUCACGUGUCUCGCUUUGCCUCUGGGAGCGUUUCGGCGGUGGGAGGCCAGAAUGCGCUUCAUCUUGCGGGCGGCAGCGGCGGCGCGCCGACCUUGACGGGUUCAUCGCUGGCUUCGUCAGAAGCGUCCGACUUCCGGAUUGCGGUGCCGGGACACGGGCGGUAUCUCAAACUCGCGGAGGGGGCAGUGGAUUGGCUUCGCGAGCUGUUGGACAAGACAAGAUGGGGGGAGGCGCCGGAGGCCUGGUUCCGAGAGCGGUUUGAAGGAGGAGGUCUUUACGGGACGCGGUGGAAGGACUUUUGGGGCGUCGAGUGGGAGUGGGUUCUGGGGCAGGCGGUUGGACUGGGCGUCGUUGAGGUUUUUGAGACGGGGAGUGUUGGAAGGGGAGUGAGGGCGUUGGGAGGGUGA